GGCAGGUCUCAUCUAGAACAUACACUAUUAGUAAGAAAUAAGAUGAAAUUUGUUAAAUUCCUAAUUAUACGUUUUUGUGUGGGGUAACAUUUGACAAUUUUAGGAGACAGAGAUUCACAAAUAGCGUCAUCUGUGUUCCUGGAAAGCUCAAACGAAGCGAUUGAACUUUGACAAAAAUCAAUAAUUCAAUAUCGAUAUACAUCUUUUGCUGUGUAGGAGAGCAUCAAAGAAUUCUUAGCCAUUGCCUCUCUUCCUUAAAAAUUCUCUUUUCUGUAGUUAAAACUUUUGUAGUAAUUUACCUCUGGUAGUUAGAAAAUGAAGAAGAGGGUUCUUCUUUUCGCAUUUACUUUGGUAGCAAUACUUCAGAAUUUGCAAUUUCCUGCGGCUAAUGCUCAAACAAAAGGAAGAAUGGUAACAGUUUUGAGUAUUGAUGGAGGUGGCAUCAGAGGCAUCAUUCCUGGCACUUUACUUGCUUUCCUUGAAGCCAAACUACAGGAAUUAGAUGGACCUAAUGCAAGAAUUGCAGAUUAUUUUGAUGUAGUAGCAGGAACAAGCACAGGGGGUUUAAUUACUACUAUGCUCACAGCUCCUGGUAAAGAUAAUCGCCCCCUAUAUGCUGCAAAAAAUAUUUCUAGCUUCUACUUGGAGCAUGGCCCCAAAAUCUUCCCCCAGCGAAGCCGGAACAACUUCUUCUCGGCCAUUACAAAUAUAUUAGGCGGUCCGAAAUAUGACGGGAAGUACCUCAAAUCAUUGAUCCAAGGACUAUUAGGCAAUCUGACUCUGAGCAAGACCUUAACAAAUGUGGUGAUACCAUCUUUUGAUAUCAAGAGCCUUCAACCAAUUAUUUUCACUUCAAAAGAAGCAAAAGCAAGUGUUUCCAAGAAUGCUCAGCUAUCAGAUGUCUGUCUAGGCACGUCUGCAGCUCCAACUUUUCUGCCUCCACACUAUUUUGAAACUACCGACGCGCAAGGAAAGAUAAAAACUCACGAUCUUGUCGAUGGAGGGGUUGCUGCAAAUAAUCCAACCCUAAUGGCAAUAACACACAUUUCCAAAGAAAUUUUGUUGGGAAACUUUGAACUUGUGGACAUGGAACCAAUGGACACAAACAGAAUGCUGGUUCUCUCAUUAGGAGCUGGUAUAGCUGAACUAGAAGAGAAGUACAACGUAAAGGACGCCAAAAGAUGGGGCUUGCUUGGUUGGGUUUACAACAAUGGUGCAACACCACUGUUCGACAUCUAUGCUGAUGCAAGCUCGGAUAUGGUCGAUAUUCAUGUUUCAACCCUUUUCCAAUCCCUUCGCAAUGAAAAAAAUUACCUCCGUAUUCAGGAGGAUACAUUGUCCGGGGAUGCAUCAUCGCUUGACAUUGCUACCACAAAGAAUAUGCAAACACUUAUUCAAAUGGGAGACAGUAUGUUGAAGAAGCCAGUUUCAAGGGUGAAUUUGGAAACUGGUCGACCCAGGCCAGUUCAAGGAGAGGGUACUAAUGAAGAAGCUCUUAGUCGCUUUGCAAAGUUACUUUCAGAUGAAAGAAAGCUCCGGCAACGCGAAUAGUAAGUGGCACUAUUAUAGAGAGUAUUAUCUUAGUCGAUCAAUAAGAUUGGACAAUGUCAUAAAUUAUAAACAAUAUAUUAACCUUUUUUUCCUUCUCGA